UUAUCUUAUUCAAGAACUUAUGGAAACUGACAUGCAUCGUGUCAUUCGCACUCAAGAUUUGAGCGACGAUCAUUGUCAAUAUUUCAUCUAUCAAACCUUGCGUGCUCUUAAAGCUUUGCAUUCGGCGAACGUUCUUCACCGAGAUCUUAAACCUAGCAAUUUGUUACUCAACGCGAAUUGCGAUUUGAAGGUCUGUGAUUUUGGACUUGCCAGAAGUGCAAACUCCAGUGAUGAACAUAGCGGCUUCAUGACAGAAUAUGUUGCCACUCGUUGGUAUCGUGCCCCUGAAAUUAUGUUAACAUUCAAAGAAUACACCAAGGCCAUUGACGUGUGGUCGGUUGGGUGUAUCUUGGCUGAAAUGUUAAACGGAAAACCACUAUUCCCCGGAAGAGAUUAUCAUCAUCAAUUGACAUUAAUUCUCGACGUCCUUGGUACACCGACCAUGGAGGAUUUCUAUGACAUCAAGAGUCGAAAG